CCGGCGGCCAUCGGCUCUCCGGGCGUCCCCGGAGUCCCGCCGUCGCGCCACACCGCGUGACUCUGCCGCCCCCUGCGGUCGCCAGGCCAGUGCCUCUCUCCCGCCUCGACUCUGAAGAGCUUGAAGCCGCAGGCCCCGCGGAGCUGGCGUCAGCACUCACUUGCGCAGCCAUGGAGGCCCCGGGGCCUGGGGGCGACCGUACCUCCCCAGCCUCGUCCACUCGCAGCCUGGACCUGCGGCGGCUGUCCGCGCGCGCCGACUCGGCCUACAGCUCUUUCUCCGCGGCCUCCGGCGCUCCCGAGCCGCGCACGCCGUCGCCUGGGACCGACCUCCUCCCUUACCUAGACUGGGACUACGUGCGCGUGGUGUGGGGCGGCCCGGCCCCGGCCUGCAGCCUUCGCACGUCCCCGCAGCCCCGGCCCGCGGCCGCCGCGCGCAGUGGGCCGCGGCCCCGGGAGGUCCGGGGGAACGCCGGGGCCGCUCACCACCCCGGCGGCGGCGGGGAAGCGGAGCCGACGCGCUCCGGGGCUCCCUCGAGGGGAACCGUUGGCCGGGGGCGCCUAGCCACCCAGCAGCGGAAGUGGUGCUUCUCCGAGCCAGGGAAGCUGGACUGCGUGGGUCGGGGCGGUGGAUCUGCAGGGGAAUGCUCGGGGGAGGCCGGCUCCGGUUCUAGCAUUGCCAGGCCCGAGCCCCAGGAGCGUAGGGUGCUGGAAGAGUUCGAAGGUCACCGGAACAGACGGCUGCCUGAGACCCAGCCCCGAGGUGUAGAGGACCCAGAACCUCGAUCCCUGAAGCUUGGUGAUGCCUAUAGGCCUUCUAGUCGGAGUCGGAGCGAUUCAGGGGAAGUCUUGGCUCCCUGGCGAGGUCCAGGAGGGGUCAUGCCCGUUGUCCAGGCUGUUCCCCAAGGAGCAGAAUCCCCCAGACCAUUGUUUCAGGCCAAACUUGCCAGGUUCCUGACUCAGAAGGAAGCUGCAGCCGUGUGCCCCGCAGAGUAUCCCCGGAGCAGCCCCACUGACUGGGAACAGAGGGUCUCAGAGACAUGCAUGGGGUCUGCCUGGCUCCCAUCCCUUCCAGAUGAUGAGGUUUUCCUGGAAGAAGUCCCCCUGGUCGGAAGGAGAUCACCUCCAGACACCCAUGCCCCCCCAGGAAACCCACCCAGUGUCCAUGUCUCUGACCAGCAGUAUGGAACUGGCUCGGGCCAGAGGGCUGACCAGGCUACAGUUACCCCGGAGCACCCCCUCCAUGAGCACCCAGAGACUGCAGGGGCAGAUGACUGCUGGCAGAGGAUAAAUGGUUCAGUGGGUGUCUCUAAGACCAUAAGCUAUAGCUCCCCUGGGACUGCAAAUGGCGACAUCGCAACCUUUGACCCCAGUGGACUGCUGACCAUUGACUCACUUGCAGCUGCAGAGAGCGACCCUCUCAAACCUCUCCCAGUUGAUGCCCUGAGACCUCCAAGCAACAAUACCCCUGGUGCUCCUGGCCAUACUGCCCUGGCUUGGGGCACGGGCCAGCCUGGUUCCAGGCCAACAUGGCCCAGUCCUCACCUUGAGGAGCUGGUUCAGGAGCUGGCCCGACUGGAUCCCUCUAUGAGUGACACUCUCACUUCCUGUCCCAGCCCAGAGCUGCCCCUGGACCUCCUAGAUGGGCUCGUUCCUUUAGCAGAGGUCUGGGCUGCAAUGAGGCCAGCCUGUGAGGAGGCUGGGAAGGAGGCUGGUGGUAGUCCUGAGCCAGGGUUCUAUCUAUUUAGCUCCAGCCAGCUCCUGCCAACUUCUCAAGAGGAUUCAAGGUUUGAAAACCAUACCACCCACUCUGUGCCUGACCAGGCCUGUGGCCAGGGUCUCCCUGAUCCAAAUAACAGCAUCCAAGCCAAGAAAAUGGAGCUAGCCGACCUCCUCCAGAAGAUGCUGCGGAACCUUCAGGCGGAGCAGGAGCAGCUGCACGGCGCGGCCCAGGCUUGGGCCAGGCGCGGGGCUGUUCUGGAGGCCGCGGUGAGCCAGGCCUGUGCUCCCCGCGACCUAGAGCGGUUCAGCAGGUUCAUGGCCGACCUAGAGCGCGUGCUUGGCCUGCUGCUGCUGCUGGGCAGUCGCCUGGCCCGCGUGCGGCGCGCCCUGGCCCGGGCGGGCGCAGACAGCGACCCAGAAGAGCAGGCCUCUCUGCGGCAGCGGCUCGGGCUCCUGCAGCGGCAGCGGGAAGACGCCAAGGAGCUGAAGGAGCACGUGGCGCGGCGCGAGCGGGCCCUACGCGAGGUGCUGGUGCGGGCCCUGCCCGCCGAGGAGCUGAGCGCCUAUCGUGCCCUGCUGGCCGGCAAGGCCGCCGUCCUGGCCCAGCAGCGCAGCCUGGACGAGCGGGUCCGGCUCCUUCAGGACCAACUCGACGCUGUCAGGGGCGACCUUGGCCAUCGCCCCCUGCCUCCCAGUUUGGCCUGGCCCCCAGAGACCCGUCUUCCAGAUAAACCGCCCUUCCUUCCGCCCCUCGUCUAAUUACAGGCGGUGGGGGUGGGAAGCACUGCCUCUGCCCCUCACCCCCAUCACUGGGGGUGACUCUGGUUGAUUUGGUGCUUUUCCCUUGCGGGGAGGGGGAAGACCCAGGUGGGAUCUUCCCAGGAUACUUCUAAGUAUUUUCAUGUAGCCUUACCCAAGUCUUGUGGAUUAUUUGGUUAUUAAUUUAUGGAUUUUUAAAACUGCAGUAUUCCCCCCUUUUUGUGAGGAGAGAGGCUCUGUCUGCGUUGGUAUUAGGCAGAGGAGACAAAUCAGAGGAGCAUCUCAACUUAA